GUUGUUUUGGUCGGGAAAAUAUUUCGCGAUUUUCAACACAAAAUUACGAGAAAUCGGCGACUCUUACAUAGAUUCUGCUUGUCUUAUUGGAAAAUACAACGGCAGAAGUCUAUGUGACGCAAGGAGAUUUAGAGUUAAAACCAUUGGAACAAGGAGCAUUCAACUAAAUUUGGUUCGUGCUUUGCGGAGACCAAACGAUUAUGGAACGAAUAAAUUAUAUAAAGCCAAAUUUGACGCCGAAACUAACAAAUGGCCCUUCAAACACCGGAACGAUUCUGGUGCGUUUGGGCGAAUCCGUGAAUCAGACGCCGCCUACUGCACAACCAAAAGUUUAUCGGAAGAUUGAAUUGUGCUCAAAGAACAACGCAUCGAACAAUUGUGAUAUCAAUAAAAACCUUCAGAAUGGAGAUAUUUCGAAGCAGCUGCAACGACGCGACAGCUGUUCGAGUUCAAGUAGCAACCAGCAACCCGAGAAAAGUAUGAUCAUGGUUAGGAAGACUUACAAAGAAAUUGAGGCAAAAUCUCCUGUGAUGGCUAAAAAAGUAUAUAAAAAGCGAAUUUUCGAGACGACUCCGUCGGAAAAGAAAGAAACACUCCCUUACGAAAACAGAGAGGAAUUUUACAAAUACUUAGGAAUCGACACAAAACCACCCGAAAAGCGAGUUUGCAGACCCGAAAUUACUAAUUUAGACAUUUUUAAACGACGAUCGUUGCGUGUGAGAUACUUGAAUAUCCAGAAUAAAGUACAAGAGCAGGUCCAUGGAAAAUUCGAAGUCAAAGAAGAGUAUUCAGCGGUAAAGGAAAGUCCUGAGCGACGAAUCAAAACGCCAUCGAACAAAAGUCCAGUAACGGUGAGUGAGCCAAGACCUCACGAUGUCAAAGUAUUACGGUCAUAUUUGAAGCCAAAGGAGAAGAAGACUGCGAAUCUUGCAAAAGUGCAGCCUGAGACGGAAAAACGUCAAUCUGUCGUUCUACUGAAGCCCAUUAAGAAAAUCAUCAAAGUCGAUCAUCAUCACAAUCAUGCCCCAGUAAAGUACCUCAUGCGAUCCAAAAUUAACUUGAGUGAGUCUCGACUACGGAGUGGCCUUCAAAAGAAAGGACUUUUGCGACCGGCGCGAUAUUUGAGUUACUUCAAGAACAAACGACAACUCCUAAGGCAGCAACAACAACGAACAACAUCAAAGGACAAAAUAGCAAAGAAAAUCGACAAAAAACCCUCAGAAUCAGACGAAAGUACGGAGAAAAAACUUGCCGUGAAACCAGUAGAAGUGAAAGAAGAAACGACGCCGAUACCCAUUGAACUCCCCAAAAGUCCCGUGUCACAAGUUCCUGACUCGACAGUUAAUUUUCAAACGCCUACAAGUAGUAGUCAUUCUUCGACUAUUCCAACGCAUCACGUUUCAACUAUCGAUACAGUGACCAAUUCCGCGCAUACCUUGAAGAAUCCCCUAAAUAACGAGGAUGGAAGUGUACUGUUCGCAUACGCUUUGGACUCAACAUUAGUAAUUGUUCAAGAGCGAAGUGUUAGUUUCUGGAAAUACUCACCUUUUAAGCAUCUAGUUGGCAUGGAUCAGACAUGGGAGUUGAUAGGAAGGACAAAGCGACAUGAUUAUGAUAUUGAAAUUGACUGCUGCAAAAGUGAUCGGAUAUGCUUCAACGACGAGAAUCCCACGUACAUCGAAUUGCGAGCGACUCAAGCGAAGGACAACGAAAAUCGGCAGUGUCCGCUGAGCUCUGUUUAUGUCGUGGUGUACAGCAUUAGUGGCAAGCAGGAGUUUCCCGGAUGGACUUGCGGUCCCGUCAUCAAGAAUUUUGUGCAACUUGACUCGGUGCAGUCGUCAACGAACGACAUACAUUUCAUUGCGUUGCCCGGCACACGGUACUUCAUCAUAAGUUGGUAUCAGCAUCUCAUACAAAGUAAAAGUAGUGGACUGUGCAAAUAUAGUUUGACCCCGGAUUUGAGGACGUUAGCCAGUAUUAGAGAAUUCCCGCAUGCCAAACAUAAUAUUUACGAUCUCAAGUGCUUUGAAGAUUCUAAACUCAUUGGCUUCGGAAGCACGGAAUUAUCAGUGUGGAACCACAACACGGGAGAUUUAAUCAUGUCGAUUGAUUUCAAGAUGCCACUUGGACGCAACAUUUCCAUGUUUGAGUUCAAAAAUCAAGUCAUUAACUGCAUGUUCCUAACGCAAGUAAUUUCCUGCCCCCAAUCCUCGUAUAAAAGUAUUAAAGUGCUCGGCAUCAACUUGAGUGACGAUUCGUGGAAAAUCCUCAAGACGCACGAGUUGCCACUGACCUUCAACGAGACAUGCUCAAAAAUAGCAACUGCAGACACCGCAAACAUCGCCAUUUGUUCGAUAGACAACGGACAAACAAUGUUAAUGAUGAGCAAGCACGACCUGCACUGGAUAAAGCUGAUUCAGAUGGGACAACGAGCGAAUUCCGUGGACAUGUGCGACGUUCAAUUGUUCUUCAAUGGCAGUCAAGUAGUGGAAAUUGGCGAAAAUAUCUUGAUCAAAAGUCUCGAUGAGUUUAGUUUGACGAUGUAGAGCACUGUGGAGUGUUCAAACAGUUUUGCACAUGUUCCUCUUAAAGUUUUAUUAGAAUUUUUGCCUCAUUGAUUGAAUGAUUCGCGAUUUCUGUAUUAGAACAAAAAAAAAAUCACAUGAGAGGUUGUUGUUGUAAUAUUGAAUUGAUAUUUAAUUUGAAAUUUUGUAAAAAAAAUAGUUUAAUUUUAAAACAAAUGAAAUGCUAUAAAAUAAAAUUUUAACAUUAUU